AUGAGCUUCAGAAAUGAAUACGAAGAACAGGUCCGAGCAUGGGGUUUCGGGCGUGUUGUCACCUGGAGUGACUCCCCAAACACUCACUAUCCACCACACUCGCAUGCUGCUCUCACAACCCACUUAAUUAUCGAGGGCUCGAUAACUUUGUGGUAUCCUCAAGAAGAUGACAAUCAGAAGCAGGUCUACGGUGUUGGGUCACGUAUUGACGUCGAUGCUGGACGAGUCCAUGAGGUCAUGAUAGGAGGAAGCGGAUGCACUAUGGUGAUAGGGGAGUAG